UGAGAGUGAAUGCCAUCUAUUAGUUAAUGUCAUAAUAACAGUCAGUAUAGCAUUCGUGUCUCAAUUUGAUGAGUGAAGUCAUCACUUGAUUGUCAUAUUUUGAUUAAUCAUUCAUUAGAUUAGACAAAUAAAUGGCAUUUUUCGGUGAUUUACAAUUGAUGGCCAACUAAGACAGCGUCCAAUUUGGUUACUUUUAAUACAAUACAACUAUAGAUUGUGUGCAAACAUGGACUCAAUGAACGAACCAUUUGUUGACUCAUCCCAACCAUCGGCGGUCUCUAAAUUCAUGACAACUCUGUCACAGCGAUACCAAUCAUUGCUCGACGUAUGGACACCAUAUGUCCCACACCGAUGGGUCUUUACAUUAGUCAUAUUUAUCAUAUUUAUGGGUCGAGUGUUUAUAUAUCAAGGAUGGUAUAUAAUAUGUUAUGCUUUGGGUAUAUAUUACUUAAAUAUGUUGAUUGCGUUUUUAACGCCCAAAAUAGAUCCAGCCAUCUAUGAUGACUUUGAAGAUUCUGACGGUCCAUCUUUGCCUACCAAUGCUAAUGAAGAGUUUCGACCAUUCAUUAGAAGAUUACCAGAAUUUAAGUUUUGGUACACUUCAACGAAGGCAACACUGAUAGCCCUUUUCUGUACAUUUUUCGAGGCUUUCAAUAUUCCAGUCUUUUGGCCCAUUCUUCUGCUUUAUUUCAUUACACUUUUCGGCAUUACUAUGAAAAGACAAAUCAAACACAUGAUUAAGUACCGAUAUCUUCCGUGGACUCACGGAAAGACCAAAUAUCAAGGAAAGGAAGACUCAGGAAAAGUCUAUACAAAGUGAGCUCAAAAUAGGAUUAUUCGCUCAAAGUUUGUUCCGCCGUAUUCCUAGCGGAACACAGGAUUUAUAAAAUAAAUAAACUAAUGUGUGUAGAAAAUUGGCUACU